UGCGCCUGCGCCGCCGUCUUACCUGACCGACUCACCUGUUACCAACAGGCAGAGCGAACGAGCAGGUCGCCGCGUGUGGACCGCCUGGCACUGUGGAUUUGACCCGACUUGAUGGGCCACGGUGGAACGCAUGGAUCUGUUGUGAUUAUCUGCUGAUUCUAUGUGAUUGAGCGGUGAUUCUGACUGUGUGAUUGUGGAAAUCGUGAUGCUCGCUUCUUGGAUUAUGCGCUGUGCCUUGUGGAUAUAUUUCAGUGUUCUGCUACAACAUGCUGUCAUUUGUGACGAAGGUUCGGAAUCGAUGUCAUCGAGGAUGUACCUGGAGAAGCAGAGGUACGACGGGUGGUACAACAACCUCGCACACCAGGACUGGGGAACAGUCGAGGGCCAGUUGGUGCGCAAGGCCCCUCCAUCGUACGCUGACGGCGUGUACAUGAUCGCAGAGGACCGACCUAGCCCUCGGGCACUCAGCCAAGAACUGUUCAAGGGGGAAGAUGGACUCCCGUCAACCAGGAAUCUCACGACGCUCUUUGUCUUUUUCGGGCAGGUGAUAUCGUCGGAGGUGCUCAUGGCGAGCGAACCUGGUUGUCCUAUCGAGUUCCAUCGCAUUCCAAUACGCAAAUGCGACGAAAUGUACGACAGCAAGUGCACCGGAGAGCGCUACAUGCCUUUCCAUCGGGCGCACUACGACUCGAAGACCGGCCAGUCUCCCAACAACCCACGAGAACAGACAAACUUGGCGACGAGUUGGAUCGACGCGUCCUUUGUUUACAGCACCAGCGAGACGUGGGUGAACACGAUGCGGUCUUUCGAGAACGGCACGUUUCGUACCUCGCCGGGAGACUCGAGACUUCCGCCCAAGAAUCUUGAACGGGUGCCUCUGUUCAAUUCUCCACCGGCGCGGUACUUGGGAAUCAUGAAUCCAGAACGGAUGUUUAUUUUGGGCGAUCCCCGUACCAACCAGAACCCGGGACUACUGGCUUUUGGCAUCGUUUUUUUCAAAUACCACAACGUGCUCGCCCAGAAAAUUCAGAAGGCACAUCCAGACUGGACAGAUGAAGACAUAUUUCUGCAUGCUCGCCGAUAUGUGAUCGCUGCAAUGCAGAACGUGAUUAUGUACGAAUACGUGCCAACGCUUCUGGGUGAGAAUGUCACAGAAUACACAGGCUACAAGUCUGACGUGCAUCCCGGUAUCAGCCACGAGUUCCAAGCAGCAGCUUUCCGCUUCUCGCAUACGUCCAUUCCACCGGGCAUAUACAGGAGAGACGGAAAGUGUAGGUUCCUGGAUACCAAGAAUGGCUAUAAGGCGCUGCGACUGUGCUCUACCUGGUGGCUGUCUGAGGAGGUUCUGCCAGCGUCCGGAGUGGAAGAACUUCUUCUUGGUAUGGCUUCCCAGAUCGCCGAGAAAGAGGAUCAGAUCAUGUGCUCUGACGUACGAGACAAACUCUUCGGCCCGAUGGAAUUCACUCGGCGGGACCUUGCAGCCCUGGACAUUAUGCGAGGCCGAGACAACGGUCUUCCAGACUACAACACCGUACGCCGUUACUUCGGCCUUCCGGCGAUCACUGAGUGGAGCCAGAUCAACGAGAAGCUCGCCAAAGCGAACCCAGAGUUGUUUGAGAAGCUCAUAUCGCUGUACAAGGGUCGCUUGGACCAAGUCGAUCUGUUCGUGGGCGGCAUGCUGGAGUCAGAUGACGGCCGUCCAGGACCUCUCUUCCGGAAGAUCAUUCGUGAACAGUUCGAGCGACUUCGGGACGCCGAUCGUUUCUGGUUUGAGAACGUGCACAACGGGAUAUUCUCACAGGAGGAAAUAGAAGAAAUUCGCAAAAUUACCAUGUACGACAUCAUUAUCCAAGGAACGGACAUCCAGCCUGACGAAAUACAAAAGGACGUGUUCUUCCAUGUCAAUGGUGACCCUUGUCCACAGCCACAGCAGAUCAACAGUUCCCUUCUGGAACCUUGCAUGAUCUUGGACGGAUGGGACUACUUCAGAGGAAAUGAAGUUGCUUACAUUUACUCGUGCCUCGUUCUAGCUUUUAUUCCUAUUAUCUGUGCUGGACUGGGAUAUGGAGUCAUCAAACUGCAGAACAGGAGGCGAAGAAACAUCAAGGCAAAAAAGGAGGUCGUUAUGGGAAAGAACUACGACAAGCUUUAUGUCAAGGAAUGGCUUCACCAAAACCACAAACGGUUCGUCAAGGUUAAGAUUGGACCUGACGAGUCGCUGUCAACCGUGAACCGCAAAGGAGAAGUUCUUCGCAAAGUCGAUUUUAAGUCUGUGUCCGCUUUGGUUGUUGAGAUUACAACUGACGCUGCCAAAAAGCCGAUGUGUCUCGUAAGGUCUCCGAGGGAUCAUGACCUGGUCCUUCAGUUCGACAGCGUUCAUUCGCGCAAGAAGUUCCUGACGAAGCUGGAGAGCUUCCUCGUGAAUCGAAAAAAGACAUUGGAAAGCAUAAACACGACAAGAGAAAACAUGCUGGCCAAUGCCGAGACCAAGGAAAAGAGGCAGAAGCGGUUGGAGCAUUUCUUCAGGGAAGCGUACGCUUUGACAUUCGGCCUGAAACCUGGAGAGAAGAGAAAGCUCGAAGAUGUGGGAAACGACGUGAUCAUGGUGAUGCGGACGUCACUCUCAAAGCAAGAGUUCGCGGACGCUUUAGGCAUGAAGCCAGACUCGCUGUUCGUCAAGCAAAUGUUCAACUGUGUGGACAAGGACAAGGACGAACGAAUCAGCUUCCAGGAGUUCUUGGACACCGUUGUGUUGUUUACAAGAGGCAAGAGCGAGGACAAGUUCCGUAUCAUCUUCGACAUGUGCGACAACCACGGGACGGGUGUCAUUCACAAGCAGGAGCUGACUAAGAUGCUCAGGUCCCUUGUGGACAUUGCAAGAACAAACUCUCUGAGCGAAUAUCAAACUACUGACAUCAUUCGUGGGAUGUACGCGUCUGCUGGUCUGGAGAAUAAGGAGGAGCUCAACUACGACGAUUUCAAGCAGAUGAUGAAGGAACAUCGUGGCGAUCUCAUCUCGAUUGGACUCGACUGCAAAGGAGCCAACCAGAACUUCUUAGACACAUCAACGAACGUUGCAAGGAUGACGAGCUUCCAGAUCAACCAGCCACCGGAGGAUCCGCCAUCUUGGGCGCUUCUCAAAUGGAACCAAUUGACCACAUUCUUGGAGGAAAAUCGGCAACACAUUUUCUAUCUCUUCGUCUUUUAUGUCAUCACGAUUGUGCUUUUCAUCGAGCGAUACAUCUAUUACUCUUACAUGUCGGAGCACAUGGACUUGCGGCACGUGAUGGGCGUCGGCAUCUCCAUUACACGAGGGUCCGCCGCGUCCCUGUCCUUCUGCUACUCCCUGCUGUUGCUCACCAUGUGUCGAAAUCUCAUAACGAAGAUCCGAGAGCUACCGCUUCAGCAAUACAUCCCACUGGACUCCCAUGUUCAGUUCCACAAGAUCGUCGCUCUCACUGCGCUGUUCUUCAGCCUGGUACACACAGUAGGGCAUUACAUAAACUUUUACCACGUGUCGACGCAGCCGGCAGAACACCUCAAAUGCAUGACAAAGGAAAUGCACUUCGAUUCUGAUUUCAAAUCCACGAUUACGUUCUGGGUCUUCCAAACAGUUACAGGCAUAACGGGUGUGGGACUCUUCAUUGUAAUGUGCAUCAUUUUUAUCUUUGCACACCCGAAAAUACGGCAGAAGGCGUACAGCUAUUUCUGGAUGACGCACAGCCUAUACAUUCUACUCUAUAUUCUCUGCCUGCUUCAUGGUCAAGCAAAGUUGACUGGGUCUCCACGCUUCUGGAUGUUCUUCGUUGGACCUGCGAUAAUAUUCACACUGGACAAGGUUGUCAGCUUGCAGACCAAAUACAUGGAGCUGGACAUUUUAGAGACAGAUCUACUUCCGUCAGAUGUGACAAAAGUAAAAUUCACGCGGCCACCAAACUUCAAGUACCUCUCUGGCCAGUGGGUACGCCUGGGUUGUACGGGCUUUAGACCCAACGAGUACCACUCUCUCACGUUGACAUCAGCUCCACACGAGAAUUAUCUCUCCGUGCACGUCAAGGCACAAGGUCCGUGGACGUGGAAGUUGAGGAACUACUUCGAUCCUAACAACCUUCAAGGCAACCUCAUGCCAAAGAUCAGACUAGAAGGUCCAUUCGGCGGCGGUAACCAGGACUGGUACAAGUUCGAGAUUGCUGUUAUGGUAGGAGGUGGAAUAGGUGUAACACCUUAUGCUUCCAUUCUCAACGAUCUCGUAUUUGGAACCUCCACGAAUAGGUACUCCGGCGUUGCCUGCAAGAAGGUGUACUUCAUGUGGAUCUGUCCUUCGCACCGGCACUUCGAGUGGUUCAUUGACGUGCUACGGGACGUGGAGCGCAAGGACGUUACCAACGUCCUGGAGAUCCACAUUUUCAUUACGCAGUUCUUCCAUAAAUUCGAUUUGAGGACGACGAUGCUGUAUAUUUGCGAGAACCACUUCCAGAGGAUCUCCAAUAGAAGCAUGUUCACUGGUCUGAAAGCAAUCAACCACUUCGGUCGACCAGAUAUGAAUGCCUUCCUAAAAUUCGUGCAGCAACAGCACUCUUACGUAAGCAAAGUGGGUGUCUUCAGCUGCGGCCCUUCAGCGCUAACCAAGAGCGUGAGUUCCGCCUGCGAGACGGUCAACAACAGCCGAAAGCUUCCUUACUUCAUUCAUCACUACGAGAACUUUUGAACUGUGGUGGUACUGGCUUGUUAUGGGUCUUCGUCCACCACAUCCCCACACACUGUGAUGCUUUGCAAAGACUUGUCCCGCACUACUGAGAUCCUACGAAGAGGUGCGCGGCAACGACGGCUUUUAUGAGCUGUUCUCUAGGUCAACAUUUAUACUAGGACACUUCGGGACUCGAGAUUUACAUGGGAAUCGACGUGUGCUGCAACGAGGACCUGUGCAAUCCCUUGGAAAGUCCCUAGCAGCAAAUAUGCUCCCAGAGGCUCACAGCCCCUGCUUCAGUGUCUUCCUGGGGAAAACGUAUUUUUUUUUAAGAUGUCGGUUUGCCAACGGCGUAGUUGUGGAUCUUGAGCAGAAACCAUGGUGAGUUGUUAGCCAGUGAACAGAAGGCUGACAGCAGAGUUGCUCAGUGGUUUCCUUUCAAAAAGUGCUGUGUCAUCUGGUUUUUGUGGACCUCUUAUUUAAUUUAUGUCAAGUUGCGAAGUGGUUUAUGUCGCCCGCAAGCAUGGUGAGGCAUUGUGUCAGACGAGCACAAAGCCGAAGAGGUCCAGGACUGUAGUCUGUGCCAAUUAUGGCAUGCCUAUACUUGAUGGAGGAAAAAAUAAAGUUUUAUUUAAAUGGUU